CCCGGCCGCCCUGCGGCCCGGGUGCCCCGGAUGGGGAAGUAGGCAGGCUCCCUCCUCCCCUGCCGCACAGCCCUAAGAACUCGCCGGUAGGAACUUGGCUAUACUAUCCUGCCUCAGAGAACAACCUCAUCUUUUGCAGGCCUAGCCUGGGUUGCUGCUUUUGAAAGCAAGGAAAGGAAGGUCAGUAGGAUAUCAGCUACAACACAACAUGAAAUUUCUAGAGAGAUUUUAUAUCAAAACUUUAUAAGGAGCAAGCAGCACACAGACUUCUGCUAGGAAGAUUGAACUAGUCUACAUUUGAGAGAAAGUACAAUGUGUGCCCAACCUGUAACUAAUACCAAGGAGGCCAGGUGGCAGAAAGUCUUGUAUGAGCGACAGCCCUUUCCUGAUAACUAUGUGGACCGGCGAUUUCUGGAAGAACUCAGGAAAAACAUCUAUGCCCGGAAAUACCAAUACUGGGCUGUGGUAUUUGAGUCCAGUGUGGUGAUACAGCAGCUGUGCAGCGUCUGUGUUUUUGUGGUUAUCUGGUGGUAUAUGGAUGAGGGUCUUCUGGCCCCCCAUUGGCUUUUUGGGACUGGCCUGGCUUCUUCACUGAUUGGCUAUGUUUUAUUUGAUCUCAUUGAUGGAGGUGAAGGACGGAAGAAGAGCGGGCGGACCCGGUGGGCUGAUUUGAAGAGUGCCCUUGUCUUUAUUACUUUCACGUAUGGUUUUUCGCCAUUACUGAAGACCCUGACAGAGUCUGUCAGCACCGACACCAUCUAUGCCAUGUCAGUCUUCAUGCUUUUAGGCCACCUCAUCUUCUUUGAUUAUGGUGCCAAUGCUGCCAUUGUAUCCAGUACACUGUCCUUGAACAUGGCCAUCUUUGCUUCCGUCUGCCUUGCCUCACGCCUGCCCCGCUCCCUUCAUGCCUUCAUCAUGGUGACUUUUGCUAUCCAGAUUUUUGCCCUGUGGCCCAUGUUGCAGAAGAAACUGAAGGCAUGUACUCCCCGCAGCUAUGUGGGAGUCACGCUGCUUUUUGCAUUUUCAGCCCUGGGGGGCCUACUGUCCAUUAGUGUCGUGGGUGCCAUACUCUUUGCCCUUCUGUUGGUUUCCAUCUCAUGUCUCUGCCCUUUCUACCUCAUUCGCCUGCAGCUUUUUAAAGAAAACAUUCACGGGCCUUGGGAUGAGGCUGAAAUCAAAGAAGACUUGUCCAGGUUCCUUAGCUAAGCUAGGGACCUCUCUUUCAUUAUUAAGGCAAGUGGAUACACUAACUUCCUAAGAUUUGAAGGCAGAUUUCCAUUCUGGAAGCAGCAUGCUAAUGUGGGUGGGAGAAUAGACAUCAAAAGAAAAAGUUAACCAAGACUUGGAUGGGGAAGCUGCUUAUUCUUUUCUUGUUUUAUGGGUGAACCAGCUUACUGGGGCCCUCUUGAGUCGCCACCUCUUAUUUAAUGUUUGCUGUAACAAAUGAAGUGAUGUGGUCCCUUUAUUAAAAAAUAACAUCCUCAAAUUGUCUCAUAGUUUUUU